AUGUUGGUAAAAGGGCGUUCACGAGUUACCUCUUUUGUUGACUCAGAUGUACAAAGGUCACUUGAAGGAUGGCUCAAUCGUCGCGAUUCUAUACCUGAAAAUGAAAAGAAACCAUGGCAUUCAACACUUUAUGCCUCGUAUAGAAUUAAUGUCAAACAAAACUUGAUCUAUAGUGUUAACACAGUGAAUUUUAGCUAUACAUUUUUGUAUCUAACAGUUUACAAUCGUUCAACGUCUUAUUUGGCAGAGAAGCGGAUUAAACGAAAACUUACCUGGGCACAGCGUAUUGCAGCUGUGAUAGGGGGAGGGUUGGGAUGGUUGGAGAUGAGAGAUAUGGGGAUUGAAUUUGAGCGAGAGAGCAGAGCGCUGGCUACGGUAGCUUGA